AAGAGCACCAUCAGCAGAGUGAAGCAAGUCGUUGAGUGCAAUCCCCAUUUUUUUUCGCUGCAGUGCGUGGUCCGAAAGAUCUGUUUUGUUUAUCACACAUUUUGGCCCGCAAAUUUGUGUCUGCAGAGGAAAAAGUGUGGUUAAUAACGAGUUCGUGUGUCAAUCUAGCUGGUGUGUAUAAAUUGCAUUGCAGGCAAUUGCGCGAAAUAGAAGAAAAGUGUGCUUGAAAAAUCGUCUCCCGUUUUCGCUCGAAGAUCUAUCAAUGGGGGAAGGUACGUCGUCGUGACGGUCAGAAGUAGUCGAGGCAAACUCACGUUUGAUUGAGAUUUGAGAUACUUAGACUUGUACUUUCAGCUACACAUUGGAUUGGGUUUGUUGCGUGAAGUUCUAAAAUGGUAGUGAAAUUUUACGCCCAAUGGAGUUUUUGAUGGAAUUGAAGUGUGGUAUGGCUACGCGGAGCUCGAUUGCGGCCAUUCAUUUCUUUUUCUAGUGGUGCCGUUUCCUGGGAGCAGCCAUUUCUUUUGGUGGCGGAGCGCGUUUCUCCGCGAGUGCUCCCUGCUGGUGUGAGUGAGCGCUGCGAAGCAGAAGCGAAGUGGCGAGAAAAAAACGCGAGUGCAGGAAGAUUGUUUAGCGAGUCACACACACAUACCGGGAAGGUGGUUCUGCUGUCGAAAACAAAUAACAGUGAAGAACAGAAGAAAAGCUGCCGUGUUUUGGAUUAGCGGAAGUGCGUUCGCUGCUGUUGGAUAGUGUUCGGCGCAGAACGUGCUGUGUGCUACGGGACCGGGAGUGGCAGCUGCUGUGAAAUCGGCGGACGUGAGUGGAUGCAAUGCCACAAUGAAUGGAUAGACGUUUUGCAGUUUUUUGGGAAGGAGUUGACGGCACCAUAAUAGAAAGCACCCAGUAGAUCCACAAUGUUACUAACACCUGGGAAAAAGUUGCCUUUGAGAUAGAGAGAAGAAAAAAGUGAAUAAUUCCUGUAAUAAGUGUUUAAAGUUUAGCAAGAUGGCAACUCCAAACUACAAAGAGCUUAAACUGCAGUCCCCGGCUGGGGCAGAACCGUUUCUAUAUAAUUGGCCAUUCUCCAUCGGUGGCGGACACGACAACGGGAUUGAGCUGAUCGAGAAUGUGCGGUGGGUUUGCGAGGACAUGCCCGAGAUUAAAUCUGCCAUCGAAGAAAUCAACCUUAAUGAUCUCGAUACUGGCGAUUACGAUGCAAUGAAAAAUCUUUGCGAUCGAUUCAACAAGGCGAUCGAUAGUGUGGCUGCGUUGGAAAAAGGCACAUCUCUUUCGAGUCAACGAUUCACCUAUCCCUCACGUGGUCUCUUGAGACACAUAAUACAACAAGUGUACAACCAGGCCGUUAUCGAACCGGAAAAGUUGAACCAGUACGAACCGUUCUCACCGGAAGUCUACGGCGAAACUUCAUUCGAUCUCAUCUGUCAGAUGAUCGAUCAGUUCAAAAUUACUGGAGAUGAUGUAUUCGUAGAUCUGGGUUCUGGCGUAGGCCAAGUGGUACUGCAAAUGGCUGCCUCGACCCCAGUGAAAAUCUGCUACGGAAUAGAAAAAGCUGACGUUCCGUCACGAUAUGCGGAAGGAAUGACUUCCACGUUUAAGCUGUGGAUGCGAUGGUUUGGUAAGAAAUAUGGUGAUUAUGAACUAAUCAAAGGUGAUUUUCUGGCUGACGAACAUCGAGAGAAGAUUACCUCGGCAACCAUUGUGUUCGUAAAUAACUUUGCCUUCGGACCCAACGUCGAUCAUCAACUGAAGGAACGAUUCGCCGAUCUGAAGGAUGGAGCGAGGAUUGUAUCGUCGAAAAGUUUCUGUCCACUCAACUUCCGCAUAACUGACCGCAAUCUCAGUGACAUAGGAACAAUUAUGCAUGUUAGUGAAAUGUCCCCUCUGAGAGGUUCUGUUUCAUGGACUGGAAAACCCGUGUCAUACUACUUGCAUCUGAUUGAUCGCACUAAGUUGGAACGGUAUUUUCAGCGGUUGAAAACGAAAGGUGUCGAUAACGGCGAUCAAGCUGGUAGUUCUAAUACUCGGGCGUCUAGGUCGAAGAAAGAUGUCACUUCGAAGUCGAUUAUCACUAAUGAUGAAACCAGCUCGGACAGUGAAACCGACACAAAUGCACUGCCAACGAGAAAAACGUGGUCCGACUGGUGCAGUGGCAAGGAGAAAAGCAGCCCAUCGGAGGAAGAGAACAACAACUCACCAGUGCUUCGUAACGGACGCAUCCCGGUGGCCACGAAGAAGCGCAGAAAGAUUACCCGAACGAAAACAACUAAAAAAGAUCCGGCGACAAUAGCAGCUCAACAGGCUGCCAAAGAAGCCGCAGCUACGAAGAAACGGGGACGCGUCAAGAAAGGCAGACAAAGACGAGCACUGAAAAUCAAUGGUCUUGAUCUGCUGCACAGUGAAACACUUCUAAGUACUUCUGAGCAAGCUAUUGGCAAACGACUUCCGCCGGCCCCGGGAUGCGUAGAUCAGUUGCUGACAUCGCUAGCUGGCGAUAUGCAACAUAGCGAACUGGACAUCCCUGAUGCGCCAUCGGAAACACCGUACGGUUUGCAAAUUUUGUUGGACUUGUAUAAAGCCCAAUUCAUGAAAACGAUUGAAGCAAUGCGAAAACCUGCAUAUAAAGAUAACGUUCAGCAACAAAUCGAACGGGAAAAGGAGCGAAACCAGCGAUUGUUAAAUCGAGCUGGUCAGCUGGAGAAACAAAUUAAAGUUCUCAUUGACGACAGCGUUGCUUUGCUGAAGGCUCGCAUGAAUGAGCUUGGAAUUAGCACCACCAGUCAAAACGAUUUACUUUGUAAGGCUAAAGAAAUUGUCGGUCGACACAAAGAGCUGCAGGUCAUGGCAGCUAAACUGCAAAACCAGGUCGCCUCGAUUGAACAAGAACAAAAACGCCUUGCUUCGCAGCACGUGCAAAAGAUAGCUGAAAAGUACAUUAAAUCAGAAGAUAUAGAAAUGACGCCGAAAACGUCUAACGAACUGGUACUGAAAGAAAUCGCCAACACAUUAACACAAAGAAAGAAACUGUAUGCACAAGUUUCUAGUUUAGAAAACGAACUAAGUGUAGUUGAAAAGCUUGCAGAAGAAAGGAAAGCCGCGGCUAUUUUGCAAGCGUCAAUUGUUUCUCAGCAAAGGGAUCAAUCACAACAGGCACAACAUCACUCCUCCAGAGAUACACACAGUCAACGAGGGGAAGAGACGAGGCAUUCGGGACAAUCGCAAUCACAUCCAAGUGCAGUUAGUGGUCACGCAACUCAACCGCCUUCGUCGAAGCACAGUUCCGGAUCAUCCCGAUCUCAACGAAAAUCUCGUGAACAUCGAACACGAUCUCAAGAAUGGCCCGAAAUACCGGAUAUUGGAAAGAUCGAGGAAAAUAACCCAGAGAUAUUGGCACAGAAGAUACUGGAAACGGGAAGGCAAAUCGAAGCGGGAAAAUUGCUCGCCAACAAUUCUGGCAAGUAUCAGAAGGACCGUGAUAGUAAAAAUCAUCAUUUGCAACAUCAACACCAAGCGCAGCAUCAACAGCAACAACAACAAUCGACACACGGUCAUUCCCUCCACCAUCACCCGGGUGAUUCUGCACUGAUGCCUGCUCCACAGAGUCUUAAUAAAUCCCACCAUCGCAAUAACAGUAGCGCAAACAAUACUGCCAGUGUAAACCUCUCUAAAAACUAUGUACCUGGUCCAACCGGAGAAAUGGUUGGAGCACCGAUGGGAGGCAGCUCAACGAGUAUUAAAACAGAACCCCGAUCAAAACUGCAAGACUCGCAUAAAGUGGUCAAUUUCGAAGAUCGACUAAAAAGUAUCAUUACUUCAGUUCUGCAAGGUCCUCCGAAGAGCAUUAGUGCGGGUGCAUCGCAACAACAAUCAACCGGAGUUCCGGUGUCGCAUUCGAGGGAAGUUUCACAGCAAGGGCAGCUAGGUCAUGCGGGGGAACACAUUUCUCCGACCAAAUCAUCUUCGUAUGGAAAAACGGUAUAUCUUACGUCCAACGCUUUGCCGCAAUCCGGUUCGCUUCACAACAGUGUUCACGAGAUCGUUGGGCGCGGUGGCAAUAACAGCAGUGGAAGCCAACAUCACCUACCUCACGCUACUGGUGUUCAUCCAUCAUUGCUGAAUGUAUCGACAACUACGGCGCAUCAUCUGAACGCUACCACGACCAUAACGACUUCUCCCAUAUCGCCGUACAAAGGACACGGCAAUAGCCAAAGUACGAAAAUCUCACCGAGCUCCAAAUAUUAUCAGAAAGGUAUGCCGAUCAAUCAUCAUUCGCCGGGAAGCAACAGUACCCAUCAGCAGAUACUACAACAACAACAACACGAGAGAGAACGCGAGGCUCGUGAACUUCGUCAAAACCAGAUGGUUAUGCACUUUAGUCAAUCUCAAACUGUUGUGGUGGAUCCACAGAAUCAUCAUCUGCUCCAUAGGGGCUCUAUCGAAGGAAAGAUGGAAUUCAAAGCACCAGAACAGUUUCGAUACGAUGCUCGAAAUCCAGUGGAUGUAUCCAUACUGCAAAGUCAUUCACGAAGUUCGUCAUCCACCUCGCUUGAUGGUGACUAUCAAACAUCCGGAGGAAACGUACGUUAUAUCAAUGUUUCUUCAAGUCAACAACAACUUCUACAACAACAGCAGCAGCAACAGCAGUCUCAACAAAUGGGUGGUAACAAUUCUCGGCCCGGUUCUUCAUCUUCACAGCCAGAUUACACCCAGGUUUCACCAGCAAAAAUGGCAUUGAGACGCCAUCUGUCACAGGAAAAGCUGACUCAUCCUCUGGCACCUUCGACGAGUACGGUGAAAACUAUCGGUGAUCUGGUGAAUGGGGAAAUCGAACGAACACUAGAAAUUUCCAACCAAUCGAUCAUCAACGCUGCGGUCAACAUGAGUACAACAGGGCCUCAAAGUCAUACUGUCAUCAAUACCAAUGUGCAGCGACCGGAACGCGUCAGCAUUCGUGUGUUAGAAGAAGCCAGUCUCAAUGGCAGUGGUCAACCCUCGGCUUAUAGUCCAAUAUCACGCCCAAAUAGUAGUGAAACCAGCAAGUCGCCUGUACAUCUUCAUGGUCAAAGCAAUUUAGCUACUCUAGCGCAAGUAGCAACGUACAAUCACAAAAAGUCGUCGUCAUCAUCAGCAACCUCCGGACGCGGCAGUGGACAACAAAUUGACGGAAGAAAUUCUUCUCAGUCAUAUUCAACUGUUUCGUCACAUGCAUCAUCAUCAUCAUCUGUUGUGUAUCAGCAAAGUCGAACCGAAAAACCGUCCUACCAGUCAUCGGAACAAGCAAGCAACGAUCAACCUUACAUGGCACUGCCACGAGCGGACAUGAAACCCUACCUAGAAUCCUACUUCAUUGACGAACACAAGCGACAACAUCAGCAACCGAUUCAUAGGCAAGAGUCGCCAUCAUUGGCAUCAAAUCUUCUUCCCAACACGUCGCACCAAUCUAGUGGCGGCGUUCGGGCCAUGGUCGAUGUGCACCAGCGAGGUAAUCCGGUCAAUGUUGUAGAUCCAUCGCUCUCCCGCCGAGAGCAAAUUCCAAACCAUAUGAUAGAUGAUCGAAUGGAGCGCAUGAAUGGCAGUCCACCAUUAGAAGGUUUAGCAGCUUCGUUAAGAGCCCGGGUUAUUGCUUCCCUGAAGAGUAAAGAAGAAGACGAGGAACGACAUCGGAGAGCGGAUUUGGCUGCAGUCAUGCACACGAUCCCCAGCGGAAACAACUCAGGCUCCGGUGGAAGUAUACAACUAGUACAAACGCCUCUUGUGAAAACUGAAAAAUACUCAGCUGGACUUAAACGUACCUCACCGAUUAUCGAGAAUCCACCACGACCACCCAAAAUGCUAUAUACAGACUGUUCGGAUGCGAUGAUCAACCCGGAAUUGCUGCACGUCGGACGAGGAGGAUCCGGGGGACCCGUGCGGGGAAUGGGCCCACUAAUGAGUCCCGAAAUAAACUCUCUUUCAUCCGUGGACGAUAGACAGCACUUGCUGCGGCACAACCGGAACGACGUCGAUGACGAUGUAGGAGAUGAUGAGUCCAGCUGGCAUGAUCGUGUGAGUUCCGGAUUCGAUCGUUUGGUGGCAUUCGCGUCCACCGAACUAGACAAAACUCGACGUUCGAAUGAGGAUGCACCACCGUCGUCAACGAGUUGUACUACCUCACCGGAUUCCGGUAUCAACCAGAGUGAUCACAGUCGCACUUUCCUUUCAUCGUCAUCAUCUUCCUCGCAAUUGGACGUUCCACCGAGCAGUACUAGUACAGGCAGCGGCAGUAGCACGGGUAGUGGGCUAUUAAAACACAUUGUGCCAAUAAUAAAGUCAUCCCCAGCAGAACCCGUAGAAAGUCCACCGCUCUCCGACGUGGGACUACCACGAACACCGAGUCCGUCAUCGAGUCCCCCACUGUUGUACCAGCCAUCAGGCACAGCUCCUGCUGCCGUUCAUAAUCUGAUGCAUGGCGGGAAUAACCUGAAGAUACCCCUCAAAUACCAACGCCAAUCUAAAGUGUCGUCGGAGAAGCAUUAUAAGAAAAAAUUCCGCGAACGCAACUGGGAGGAAUACGAAGAAAAUCUUGGUGGACGUCUUAGUUCCACUGGUAGUGCGGAACCACUCGACCAGGACUAUCUGGACGGAUUCGGUGCACCAUCGAGUGCGGGUAUUACGGGUAAUGCCUCAAUUAGUCUUGCAAGCGGAGUACAAUUAGACAAUGCACAGUCCUCGAACGCGGAGAAUAUUCACCAUCAUCACAAGCACAAAUCGGCCAAGUUUAGACCGAAAGGUAAGGACUGGAACUGGGACGAUGAACAUUCAAAUGCAUCUUCAUCCAGCUCGCAUCGGCACCGAUCCGGUAAUACCCCGACUUGAGCAGUUAUUUACGAAUUGUCAAUGCAGCUGAUUUAGACCGGUUCUCCCUUUGUUUUUAAUACUCGACAAAAAUGGCUGUGCUAACUCGUUCUAUAUUGUUCAUAAUCGUUUCAUUUCGGGUAAAUAUUCAAACUGGUGCGGUACCUUACUGCCUCAUCAUCAUGAACAUCGAGUGCACCGCAAUUGCUCAAUAUUUUGGAACUAAGAACCCGAGUGUGACAAAUUCAAAUGUUGAUCAUGCCAGUCGAAAAUAUUUGAAUUUUAUUUAAAAGACUGAAUUAAAACUAAAGUAAUCUAAAUAUUUCAAUAUACAUUGAACCGCCUUUUGGAAACGUCGAUAAUCUUUUUCGCUUACCCUUUAGUAAGAAUGCUCCCAAUGUCUCCGAUUUUGGUCGAAGGCAUCGUUUUGUUGACUGCGGAUAGCUAGAAGAGUGAACGUAUAUUAGACAGAGAGGAAAUGAAUCAUCCAUACCGUAACAGUUCAAUGAGUCGAUUGUUUGUCUAAUUAAUUCUUCUUCAAUUUGUCAAUAUGUUUAAACCAUUUGUUUAGCUCGCUCUGACAUCGCAUCGCCACCCAGGGGUGACAACAUAAAUCUUCAAAACCACGUGGAUACCCUUUGGAUAGGCGAGCCACAGCUAAAUAAAUGAUUAACAAACCAACCCAUCAGCAUUGAUCCGGUAUUUUGAAAAUACUGUAAAGAAUCGGGAACAAAAUAUAAUUAUAUUGCUCUCCGCAGUCAACAAACAUCUGGGCAGUGUGGUGUUAUUUAACCUGUCGUUCCUUAUGUCGAUAUUUUACCCGAUGUUGGGUUGUACAUCUAACUGCCAUCAGUUCCGAAUAAUUAGAUUACCACUGCUAGUUUCAAUUUCACCCCCAAUUAGUUCACACUUUAAUGGUGGACAGCUGUCGAAAGAAAUACUAGCAAUUCAAUCGGUUCGGCCCUAAUGUGGGUGCCCAUAACCUUCUAGAACGUACAAAAUUCAUUACAUAAACGAUGAACUUAUUCUGUUAAUGUCAAAUGUAUAGAGAUGUACAAAACAUAAGAUGUGUAGUUGUCCUAACAGUCGAAGCUUUCGGAGCAAUUCAUUCGUGAAAUAUAUCGGAAUUAGGCGUAGAGUUGACGAGAUAGAAAUGAUAUUAAUAUUACAUAACUACUAGUAGCGUAACAUGAUAGAACGCAUUGCUGGCGAAAGCAUCUUUCAUCUCUCAAGGGCAAUAGAAUAACAUUAGCUCUUUGCAGGGAACAUAAGAAAUAUUUCAAAACACCUCAAAUAACAGCAUAUAUUUUUAUGGAACUCCUGGCCCUUAAAGUUGGAACAACAUUGUUAAUAGUAAUCAUAACAGUUUAAUGGGUCCUAACAUAUUUGCUUCUUCUAAAAUACUUUUUCACAGUUUACAUCCUGCAUUGAAAAUUAUCUUUUGCAACAGCAGCAAUUUUUAUACUGCCUAAUAUUAUUUCUAAGUAGUUAAACCUUUAUUCACUGCUCUAGAUUAACGGUCGAGAAAUGUUGAUUGAAGUCGAUAGUAGCUUAGAAAUAGUAAAUGGAUCAGAGACGCUUAUUACAUACACGUUUCAAUUAUCGUGCAUCUAAUUGAAAUUUAGCAGCUGCUUAAAUAAACAUUUCUGCAAAGCAAUCUGUUUUUCGAAAAUGGAUCAAAUUUCAAUAAAAUUUCUGAUUCUUGCUUUGGUUUUAUGUCAAACUUUGAUGCACUUAGGGUGUAAGUAAAGAAAGAACAACCCACAGCGUCUCUUUCUUUGAUGCUGUUGACAUGUAAAUGUCCUGCGAAGCAGGUGUUGAACAGUAUAGCAAAAUAUGAGAAUAAUCAUCAGCUACCUUGAUAAUUAAGACCAAUAUUGGAUAAAACAAGAAAUAAUUUAGCUUUUAAAAUGUACAUUCUCCUCAGAUAUAUCUAAUUAACUAAACCGGAAAACACUGCUUUGUUAUCCAUUGUAAAACAGACGACAUUAGUAUGUCGAACAUGUAAUUUAUUGUGUAAACUAGUUCCACUUAUUUAUAAACCAACGCGAUUUCACUUUUGUUAGAUUUAUUACCUUAAUGAUUAAUCUCUAUUGUUUCAUUUUAUUUCUUUAGUGACACGUUAAAUUAAUUCACGAUGAUAGUUCGUUUUUAUGACUUAUAUUUUAAUAAACAAAAGCAACGCUAAAACGCAUGCAAACAAACAAAAGAAAGAUAGUAGAAAUACAAACAUUAAAAUACAACUUAAGUAGUCCCAUUUUAUGAUCGAAGAGGAGACGUCUACUGUACUAUUAUUACACAAAAUGGCAAAGAAUAUUAAAAGAAAAUAAAAUUCAUAAUAUCACAAAA